CGAGCUCAGGUGAAAAUCAGCCUCAGUUUAGUUUUAUCGACUGAAUAUUCCGAACGUGAAUCGUGUGAAAGCGGACGAUUCGGAGAAAGAGAAUCUUUUCAUGAAGGGAAAAUUGUGUCACUCAGGGAAAACUCCUUCUUUUGUGUUUUUUUUCGUUCCGUUAAAUUAUCGUUCUAAAUGAAAUUUGGGGUAUUCAUUUAGUUUUGUAUUUUUUUGUUUUUAAUUAUGACAUCUGUGAUACGACAUGCCGUCACCUUCCUGUUAAUACCGUUUCUAAUAAUUAAUGCAGCACCAGAUGGAAGUCAGUACAAUUUGAAUAAUCAGUUUAAGGUUGGGGCUUCCAUAGGAUUUCCUGAUGUUUAUAAGAAUAAUGUUACUGUUGAGGAAAGGACAAUUGAUGGAUUUGGAGAGGAGCCAAUAAUUAAACACAAAUACCAUCACUAUGACGAACUAACGAGUGUGCUAAGAAAAAUGAAUGCGAGAUAUCCUUCAUUAACCGCCUUAUAUUCCAUAGGAACUUCUGUCAGAGGUAAAGACUUGUGGGUCAUGGUAGUCUCUGCUUCACCGUAUGAACAUAUGCUUGGCAAACCAGAUGUUAAAUAUAUUGGAAAUAUUCAUGGUAACGAAGUAGUCAGCCGCGAGUUGCUGUUGCAACUUAUUGAGUAUUUGGUAACGCAUUACAAAACUGAUAAUUAUAUAAAAUGGUUAUUGGACAACACAAGGAUUCAUAUAAUGCCGUCAAUGAAUCCAGAUGGAUUUGAGGUAUCUAAGGAGGGAAAAUGUGAUGGAGCAGUUGGAAGAUAUAACUCCCAAGGCGUCGACCUUAACCGAAACUUUCCGGAUUAUUUUAAACAAAAUAAUCGAAAUCGCGUUCAACCAGAGACAGAGGCUGUAAAAGAGUGGAUUAAGAAAAUCCAGUUCGUUUUAUCUGGUAGCUUGCACGGUGGCGCCCUAGUAGCCAGUUAUCCCUUCGAUAACACCCCGAACUCACGAGUCUGUCAGUCCACUGCUCUUUGCUCUAUGUUAUCAUCAUAUACUCAUACACCUUCGUUGACACCGGAUGAUGACGUAUUUAAGCAUUUGGCACUAACUUACUCGACCAAUCAUGCUAAAAUGAGUAAAGGAGUCAAAUGUCAAACCUCACAAACCGAAUUUAGAAGAGGUAUUACAAAUGGAGCAGAAUGGUAUCCCCUUACUGGCGGUAUGCAAGAUUAUAACUACGUUUGGUAUGGUUGUAUGGAGGUCACCUUGGAGGUGUCCUGCUGCAAAUAUCCACCCGCAUUUGAACUACCUAAAUACUGGGAAGAUAACAAAGUAGCACUAAUAAAAUAUUUGGCAGAAGCACACAGAGGCGUUCAAGGUUUUGUAUAUAACGAAGCAGGAAAUCCGGUAGAAAAAGCUUCAUUGAAAAUUAAAUCGCGGGAUGUCGGAUUUCAAACCACGAAGUUUGGAGAGUUUUGGAGGAUUUUGCUGCCUGGGGUAUACAAAAUGGAGGUUUAUGCGGACGGCUUUGUACCAAGGGAGGUUGAAUUUAUGGUGGUAGAUCAGCACCCCACUCUACUCAACGUUACCCUAAUUGCUGCUAAGCGCAAAGAUGGGUACAAUAGCAACUUUAAUCGACCCAAUAUUCCAAAUUACCACCCGCAUAGGAGCCCUUAUAUUCCGCCACAGCCCAACUACCAAUUGCAACAGCCACAUCAGAGUCAAGGUGGGAUUUUUUCUUCAAUUACCAAUGGGCUGUCAAACAUGCUUAACAUAUUUGGUUAAUUAUUUAUUUGAAUUUGUAUAGUUUCUUGGUAUUUCUUUUCGCUAUUUGGGAUUACAUAGUUUUAGAUUCACGCUGAUAAAAAACUAGUUCCUUAGUAAUUUUGCAAGAAUGUUCCUUAUUUAUUGGUUUGUUUAUCUGAAAUAAAUGUCUAGAAGUUA